UGUUUCGUGUAUACUGUAUUUUCUUCACCCCCAAAUCAACGAAGUGUGACUGUUGUCUGCUUCUGAUCACUGUAAUAACCCAGUCUCGCUUUCAAUAUCACUUUAUGGAGAUAUUUUAAUAUGUUGUAGGCCUAUCCGUGAAAUUUGAGAUCUUUCUGUCGUUAAUAUGAGAUACAAGCUUCGAGGCAGGCCUGAUCAUGUGAGUUUGUGUUGGUAAUCAAAGUUUUUGGACUUCCGGGUUGAUUCUACCACUUGAUACUCUUGAAAAUGUUGGUUCGCGAUAUGUCAACGUGCUUUGGAUGACGAUCAGUGCGUCAUUUAGAAUAGGCCUACCCAAUGCAGGUACAUUUUUUUUUACUAGACAUGUCCAAAUCUGAAAGUCACUUGCAGUGAUAUAUGAUAACGACGACGAGACAUCACUUGCAAUGGGGGCCGCUUGUCAAAAAGAGAAUAACUGGCAGACUGAAAUAUUUUUGAGGAAAUUAAGCUCCAGGAACAAAAAUUAUGAUAAGCAGACAGAUAACGCCGAUGGCAAGUCAGCCAAGUCAGUGAUAAUCGAACUCAGUAAGAAGGAACAGAAUGAACAAAAGAAGACAAUCGUUGUUCCUGAUGGUGAUUUUCUUCUCUACUGGUUGACAGUGGUCAGCAUCGCUGUGGUGUAUAAUCUCUGGGUGUUGAUUGCCCGUGAGGCCUGGCCAGAGCUCCAGGAUAAGAGUCCCGUUGGUUGGUUCCUUGCGGACUACUUCUGUGACUUUAUCUACAUUCUUGACAUCGUGGUCCAGGCCCGUACUGCGUACCUAGAGCAUGGUCUCCAUGUUGUAGAUGAGAAGAAACUCCUGAGACAUUAUGUCCGAUCCAGGUACUGCAUCAUAGACACCCUCUCUCUCCUACCAACCGAUCUAUUCUAUCUCCUGGACACUAGGCAUCUACAUCCUAUUGUUAGAUGUCCAAGAUUUAUUCGGGUCUACAGAUUCUAUGGGUGGUAUGUAAAAGUCGAGUACAGAAUACAGUUUCCGAAUGUCUUCCGUGUCUUAAAUCAUAUCCACAUACUGCUGUUAGGUCUUCACUGGACUGGUGCGAUAUAUUAUCUUAUCAGCACAAGUAACGCAAUUGUAGGAGCAAACUCACAACCAAAUGAGUGGGUUUUGUCGGAUCCCCUCGGAAGGAAUGCAACGUUGGUUCAUAAAUACCUAACAUCUUUCUACUGGUCAACAUUGACAUUGACCACUAUAGGCGACCUCCCGUCUCCCAGCUAUGGGAUUGAGUAUGUCGUGCAAAUAGUUGGUUAUCUGGCUGGUAUUUUUAUCUUCGCUUCAGUUGUAGGACAGGUCAGUGCCAUCAUCUCCAAUCGUAAUGCAACUCGGAUGGACUUUGAGCGCCAAGUAGAUCAUGCUAAGAGAUACAUGAGAAGAAACAAUGUUCCGAGAUCACUUCAAUUACGAGUACUAAGAUGGUAUGAUUACACAUGGUCAAGAGGGGCCACUCAUGGACAAUGUGAUGUUAAUUCCUUAGGUCUUCUCCCAGAUACACAUCGCACAGAACUCGCUCUUCAUGUCAAUCUACAAACACUUAAAAGGGUUUCUCUUUUCAAGGUAUGUCCACCAGAAAUCUUGCCUGAUUUAGUUCUUCGGAUGAAAUUCCGCAUAUGUACCCCUGGUGAUAUAGUUUGUAAGCUAGGGGCGAUCGCACGGGAGAUGUUCUUCAUAUCGGAUGGCCUUUUCAAAGUUACUGAUGGUACAGGUCGGAUAGUAGCUUCUCGGGCUUCUGGUGAAUACUUCGGAGAGAUCGGCAUACUCAACUUGAAAGAAAAUAGUUACAGGAGGACGGCUAACGUGCAAUCGGUGGGAUUCUCCGAGCUCUUCACACUGUCUAAAGAUGACAUCAUUGACGUUCUUAAAGAUUACCCAGCAGUUAUGAACACGAUACAAGAAGAAGGGAUGCGAAGACUCGAGACAUUGAGGCCACAGCCCAACAAAAUCGAGAAUGACGCCGGUGAUGGUCACUCUGAAACGAAUGUUGAUGACGAUACUGAUGAUCAAGUCAGUAAAGACACAGCAAUUCUUGCAUUUGAUCCACCAGAGGGAACCACCAAACACCAAGAAGAUAAAGCAGAAGUACAUGACCAAGGCCAGAAUUCAUUAGGAACACAACGGGUUAGCGUAGUCGAAACCGAAGUACAGGCCAAAAACAUGACAUCGUCAACAACCUUGGGAUUGGAGGAAACACGAUCGGACCAAAUUGGUCCAUUCGCUCAAGUGGUAAGGAUUAUGGAAGAAGAAAGAAACACUCUGAGAGAGAAGAAUAGGACACUGCAACAAGAUAACGAGUCUAAACACGCAAAUAUUCUAGCACUUGAAAAUCGAAUAGCUGAAUUCGAGGAAAUGCAAUGGACAACAACGGACAGAAUAAAGACACUCGAACGAGAGAGCGAGUCAAAGGAAGCAACCAUUCAAGAACUGAAGAAACAAAUAAAAUUAUUAGAGGAUGCAGAGUCCAAUGACAUGCCAUAAGAUCUUACCUAUGGUUGAAUCUGUUCCAGCUAUUACUAGAAGACCGUUGAGACAAAAAAUUGUUUUGUAAAAUGAAUGAGUUGGAAUAGAUUAAAGUGACUUACUCAGCUGCAUGCAUGCAACCUUUAUCUAAAUUUCAAUACUGGAAUCUUCGAAGAUUUGUAGUUAAAAAUGGUCAUGAGGUUUCUUUGUCCGGAAUUCAAUUUCAAUUCAAUUCAAUUCAUUUAUUUCUAUAUUCAAA